AUAACAUGACAACACAUAUAGCAAUAUCAGAUACAGAUGAAAACAACCACCACGAAAAAAUUAACGUUUGUCUAACAGUUAUGGAUAACCAAAAUCAUCAUAACCACCACCACCACCACCAUCACCACCACUUUGGUCCCCAACACCACCACCACUAUUUCCACAACCACUCCCAUAGAGAGGAGCCCCGCCCCGGCUCCGAUCGCGAUCAUGCAAAACCAAUGACUUACGCCGUGCACUGCAAGGCGAGGCCCGAGUACGCGCUCAGCACCCGAGGCGGCGCCGUCAUUCUCGCGCCCGUUGACCGGUCCGACGAAUGCCAGCACUGGUUCAGGGAAGACAUGCUCAGCGCCCAAGUCAAGGACGAGCACGGCUUCCCCAGCUUCUCGCUGGUCAAUAAGGCCACCGGGAAAGCUGUCGGACACCCCGCCGGAGCGGGCAGGCCGGUGGAGCUCGUGCCGUACGACCGCGACGGGCUUCAGCUGGAUGGGUCCGUCCUCUGGACUGUGGCGGGGGAGGAUGGAGACGAGUAUAAAGCUAUUAGGAUGCAGAACAACGUCCGGCUGAACAUGGAUGCGCUCGGCGGCGUUAAAGAGUCCGGCGGCAUCCGUGACGGCACGGUCGUCGGAGUUUGGGAAUGGAACGGCGGUGACAACCAACGUUGGAGUAUAGUUCCCUACGAUUGAGAAAUAUAAUGUGAUAUAUACGGAGUAGUGUUUCACAUUGUGGUAAAGUUGGAUUUCUUACACCGUACCACUUAAAUAAUAUCCAGUGACAGAAAUAAUAUCUAGUGAUGAUGAUCGAAUACUCCGUAUUAAAUUUGGACAAUAAUGUUCAAUGGCGACGAAUAUUUACUUAAGAAAUAUGGUAAUGGUAU